GGCCGGACAUGCCCAGCUUGGGUUCCGGCAGAAUCCCAAGCAUGCCACGCAGCUGCUUCGCGGGAGGGAGCUGCUGCAGUCCUUGCGGGAGCUGCAGUUGCAGGUGAAUGCCUUCCACGGGUCCGUGCUGGUUCAAUCCGCCGCGCGCUCGGCGCAGUGGCAGCGGGGCCUGGCGCGCCUGAGAGGUUUGGAGCUGGAGAACGUGGAGCUGAACGUGGUGGCGUGCAAUGUGGCGCUGGGCGCGUGCGCCAAGCGCCGCGCCUGGCGCAGGGCGUUGCUGCUGCAGCAGCACGGUGACGCCUGCAGCGGCGACACGGCCCUCACGGCACUGGGCUGGCGAGAGGCCUGCUGUCUGCUCCGCGACCUCGCCGCCCGGGGGUUGCAGAGCAGUGACUACGGCUACAACGCGGUGGCUCGGGCGCAAGCCACCGCGGCGGCAGGGUGGCGCCGGGUCCUAGAGGUCUUCCACGAGACGCAGCGCCGCCUCACGCUGGGCCUUCAAGGCUUCAACGCGGCCUUGGACGCGUGCAAAGGCGCUGCCUGCUGGGAGCUGGCGGCACACCUUCUGGCACUCAUGGAGCAUGCAGGCGUAGAGCCAGACGUGGCCAGCUGCAGCUGCACGAUGAGCGCGUUGACCCGGGCAAGCCGCUGGCACCACGCCCUGCGUUUGGCGCAGGACAUGGCGAAGGAGGCGCUGCAGCUGAACCGGGUCUGCUAUAACGCGGUGCUGGGUGCCUACAAGGAGGCAAGCCACUGGAUGCAUGCGCUGCUGUGGCUGCAGCAGAUGGAGGAGGACGUGGUGCCGCCCAACGAAGUCAGCUACAACGCCGUUCUGGGCUGCCAGGGAAACUGGCAGCUGGCGCUGCAGAUCCUGGAAGACAUGCGUGGCAGAGCUUUGGAGCCCAACGACAUCAGCUGCUCCGCCGUGCUGACCGCAAUGGCUGGCGAAUGGCAGGUUGCCUUGGAGCUGCUGCGAGGUCUCUUAAGCUCCAAGAUGCAGAAAGCUGACAUGAGCCUCACCGCGGCGCAGGUGGCCUGCCGCCGCGCCGGGAAGUGGCAGGCGGCGGUGGCGCUGCCCCGCCUCGACGCCGUGGCAGGCAGCGUCGCCGCACUGGCGUUGGAGGACGCCGGGCACUGGCGCGCCGCCUUGGCGGUGUCCCCUGAGAGCGCCAGCGCGGCGCUUGUGGGGCGUGCAGGACGGUGGAGACUGGCCAUGGAGCUGGACCACAAGCCGGAGGCGGUGAUUGCGGCCAGCCACUGGCGAGUGGCGCUCUUCAGCUGGCAGCUUCGGGAUGUGGUGCAAGCCACCGCGGUGCUCUCCGCCUGUGCCAACGCGGCCCAGUGGCGGCGGGCAGCGGCCCUGCACGGCGGCCUGCCGCCUCCGCGCCGCGACGUGGUGGCCGCCAGCGUGGUGGUGGCGGCCUGCGCCCAGCGCCGCGCCUGGCGCCCGGCCCUGCAGCUCCUGAGGAGCUGCACCAACGCGGAUGAGUCCAUGUACAACUCCGUGCUGGAGGCGAUGACUGGAGAAGGCCCGUGGGCGGUGGCUGUGCACCUGCUUGCGAGCAUGUUGCAGGCGCGCCUGCGAACGGACGGCGUGGCCUACGGUUUCGCCGCUGACUGCUGCAUGAAGUGGGGCCAGUGGCAGCGUGCCCAGCACUUCUUGGGAGCAGUGUCCAGCCUGACGCCGCUCUCUGCAACCCGGCAUCCGAGUCGGGCCAGGUUGGCCAUGCUGGUCCCUUACCAGAUGAUCCAGUGGCGUACGAUCCUGAGGGGGCAGACUGGUGGAUGGAUCGGCAGAAGGUGUGACGUCAUCGGCAACAAUAUCCUGGCGGAGUUCUGGUACAUGUUUAGAGAGGCUCGCGCCAGCUGGUCGGGCUUUGGCGGUGCGGCCGGGGACGAGCUGAUGGUCGACAAUGCUCCUGCUGAGGGGCUCAGCCAAUGCCUGCUACUGAUUGAUCGACAGCCUCGCAUUGCUGCGGCUCAACGAGUCCUGGGCGUGGGCAAAGUGGCCGUGAAGCUGCGGGGCGGUGCCGCGCGCAGCGGCCAGGUGAAGAGCCUGGGCUACAUUGGAAGCUUCCUCGCAGAGUUCGCCGCAGCCCUGGAGUUGCGGAACCUGCAGCCCAAAGACAUGACGGCGCCCAUGCGGGCCAUCCUCGAGCCCAAGGUAGACCUGCCGGGCGACUAUGCGCGGCGGAAGGUGAACGCUGCCCUAGUCCCUGUGAACCCUUCGCAGCGCGCUGCCAUCGAGGGCCUGCAAUUCGCCCUGGAGAAGAUCCAGGGUCCGCCGGGCACGGGGAAAUCCACCACCAUCUUCCACAUCCUGGACGCCCGGCUGCCUGCUGGCCAACGCGUACUUGUCACCUGCUCCCGGAACGUGGCCGUGGAAUCCAUCGCCCAAAAGCUCGAGGGAUUGGAGGACUGGCCUUUGUGCGUCUUUGGGCCUCGUGACCGCGUCGGCGAGACGGCUCGUAGAUACUUGCUGGACUCACAGGUGGGUGGUCACCUGGACGAGCGACGCCGGGGCAAGGUGAAGUCGCUGGCGCAGCAGCGGGGACAAGAGCUGCGGGAAGCCAUUGCGCAGCGGGAGGCACGGCUGAAGGGCUGCAGGAGGCAGCGCUUCUUGUUGGGCUUUCUGAAGAAGCGCCACGCUGCCGCCUACGCUCUUCGUGAUUUCUGCACGCGCCUGGACGAGUACUGCGCCAAAGUGGCAGCAGCACCAAAGUGGUGGGAGCAACAAGCCAAGGAGUCCAAGGAAGCGGUGCUCGCCUCGGCCCGGGUCUUUCUCUGCACCAUCGCCUCCUCCAGCCGCAUGCUGAGAGAAUGGGAGGAGGCCAUGGGAAGUGAGCUGCGGGUGCACACAGUGAUCGUGGACGAGUGUGGAUGUACGCCAGAGUCUUCCACUGCAUUGCUGUUGCGCAUUCGGCCCAGCAACUUGGUACUGGUCGGUGACCACAAGCAGCUUCCUCCCACGUCGCUGGUCCAGCCCCAACUUCUGGAGGGCACGGGGCACAACCGCUCCCUGCUGGAGCGCUGCGUGCUGGCCUCCGGCAGGGUACAUCAGCUACGAGAGCAGUAUCGUAUGCAUCCCUCCAUUGCAAGCGUGGUCAGCGGGCUCUUCUACGCGGGUCGGCUUCUGACUCCACUGAGUGUCGCGCAGGAGCGCAAGGCGCAAGAGCCGCGGCCGCUGGUUUGGAUGGAUGUACAAGGGCGUGACGAGGCGCCAAACAAGUCCUACGUCAACUUCUCUGAGGUCAGUGCCUGUGUGAGGGUUGUGGCUCGCAUCCGUGAGCGGGUUGGGCCCGGGCCUUCGGUGGCCUUGCUGACCUUCUACAAGGGCCAGCUGGAGGAGCUCAUGAAGGCACUGCCCUCCAACUUGGACGCCGAGGUGCUCACGGUGGACGCGUGCCAGGGCAGCGAGUUCGACUUUGUAAUUCUGAGAGCACAGUGCGUGCGAAUCGUGAACAGCGGCUGGGAUUUGUCAAGGAUGCAGCUCUUCAUAGUGGGCCACCGGCAAACCUUGGCCAGCGAUGGGGACUGGCGGAAGGUGGCGGAGGCGUGCCUCCCGCCAAAGCCGGAUGAGGUGCAGCCACAGCGCCCGCUGCCCGCGUCCUUCGUCUCCGUCUUCGACGCGCUGCGCAAGGCCAAGGAGAAGGAGGCGGAGCAGAAAGCGCUGCAGGCCAUGGAGGAGCAAGACGCAAAGGGCCGAGGCAAAUCUCGCAGUCCAGGCGUGUCCUACUAUGGCGCAGAGUCAUUGAUGCGCCAGCAGGGCAGCUUCCGCGGAGCAAAGACCUUGACGCGGAGGAAGGACGGCUCCUACGCCAGCGGCUCCGUGGUGGCCAUCGGCGGCGGCUUCCGCAGCCGCAGGGAUGUGCAGGAACUGGAGAAUUUGGCCAAGGCCCACUUGCAGAGCAUGGAGGCACCGCGGCCGGAACAAAGUGCGUACCGUAUGCCUGCCACGAGCUACCAGUCUGAGUUUCCAGAGAUCUCAGGUCCGGCGACGUUUACCCUUGGCUCCCGAGUCUCAAUGCCAAAGGCCAAUCUCCGGCCACUUACUCGCAACGACGAGAAGCGGGAGCGGAGGAAGGCGCUCAAAGCCGAGGCCAAGGAGUCGAGUCUAGAUGAGCCGGAGGUGGCCGAGGUAUGGGAAGACGUGCACGAGGCAGUGCUCUUUGAGAUGUUUCCAGACGAUACAGAGGCAGUGGAGGACGCCCUGCGGCGCUUCGCCGGAAUGCCGCAUCAGGCGGCCCGGGCUUUGGAGGCGCUGCUGGCCAGGCCGGAGACAAAGGCAGCCGAAGGUGAGGAUGAUCUGGACUAUGACUGGCAGGAGGACUGGGCCGAGGGCGAGGAGGAGGAGGAGGAGGAACAGGACCUCGCAGCGGAAUGUGCCUUCUGUGGAGAAGAUGCCGCAGAUGGAGAAGUUGCCGAGGACGGACAGAUGUAUUGCAGCCGGUGUUGGGAGGAGUGGGCAGCACCUGAACCUGCGCCGGCUCCGUCGCCAGCGCCGGAGCAGACCAAGGCCACGGUGCGACGGUGGGGCAACACCGACAAGGCCAAAGCCGCGGCAAGCAACCAAGCUACUCGCACUGAACAUCGCCGAGAGGUUGGCAGUGCCUUCUUCCAGAGCCUCGACGGGGCCCCGCAGUGGGAGAAGGCACCAGACCGCCCAGAAGCAGGUGGCAAGGAGCUGGUGGCGCUUCGGCCCAAAGAGGAGAGAGGAUCAGAGGAGCCUCUCCAAGCGAAGAGCCGGCGUGCCGUGCUUACCAUGCCGAAGCUGGCGGAGAAGGUGCAGCACGAGCCGCAGGAGCCAAGGUGCCGCAGGCUGCUGGAAGAGAUGAAGCCCGCACUGGAGGAGAGUGUGCUGGACUACCUCAGCUCUUUGAUCGGCGAGGCCGAUGCAGAGGAGUUGGAGGAGCUGCGGGAGACCAUCCUGGAGAUUCUUCAGGGUCAUGGAGUUGCAGCGGACACGGCCGAAUCCUUCUUGAAGCAGCUGCGGAUCUAA